CCCAGGCGACGACUGCCGGGAACGGCCGUUUCCUUGGCUCUCCUCACGGAAUUUCGCGCACUGCUCUCCCCCACCGUCUGGCGCGUGCCUUUUACGCGCUGUGACCUUUUCCGUCGCCCGGUGCGGCGGAGGCGGCGGCGGCGGAGGAGGAGGAGGAAGCGGCGUCCACAGGAGUGACACGGAAGGUCACCUCGCGGCUUUCUUUCGCUUUCAAUUCCGUGUGGCGGCGGGGCUUUUCUGUAGGACCGGGUGGCGCGUUUUGGCCAGCGAGUGGGGAGGGCGGCUUGGCUUUCCCGCUUCGUGUCGCUGUUCACAGCUCGUGGGAGCAGCCAGGAAGCCCUGAGAGCUUUUGGAGAAAGAAGGAAAAGAAUCACACCCAUCUUGUAUAUGAAAUCUCUUAUAUGUGAUAUCUUACUCAUCUUGUAUAUGAAAAAAUCUCACCCAUCUUGUGUAUGAAUUAGCAGCAGGUGAAACAGGCACAAUGGUACACGCUGAAACUUUUUCUCGUCCUCUAAGUCGGAAUGAAGUUGUUGGUUUAAUUUUCCGCUUAACAAUAUUUGGUGCUGUGACCUAUUUUACAAUUAAAUGGAUGGUAGAUGCAAUUGAUCCAACAAGGAAGCAAAAAGUAGAAGCUCAAAAACAGGCAGAAAAGUUGAUGAAGCAGAUAGGUGUGAAAAAUGUUAAGCUUAGUGAAUAUGAAAUGAGCAUUGCUGCACAUCUUGUGGAUCCUCUUAGCAUGCACGUAACAUGGGAUGAUAUUGCAGGCUUAGAUGACGUUAUUACAGACCUGAAGGAUACCGUUAUUUUGCCAAUCAGGAAAAAACAUCUGUUUCAGAACUCCAGACUUCUGCAGCCACCAAAAGUGAACCCCGAUGUCCUCCUCCCACUUUGGCAGUUUUCCUUGUUGCCAUG